AAAAAAACGAUAGACAAUUUUAUGUCAACUCAGCUAAUGUCAAAUUGCCAUCUGUCAAACUCUUUUUCUUGAUCCCGGUUCUAAUAUGGCUCCACCACAGCCCAAGGCGGCGGCUAAGGCCCCCGCGGCCCCCGCUGGCGGAGUCCAGAAGGCGAAGGUUGGCAAACCGAGGAAUUAUGACUUAGGCAAUGGAGUACUUCGUUUCUCCAAAUCCAAGAUGUUCCACAAGAAGGCCAAGUACAAGUUUGUUGGCAAGAAACACCCCAAGGCACCCAAAGCCAAGAAGCUGACCCAUGUUGUGAAGCCAAUUGGUGGUGAAAAGAACGGAGGCACCCGCUCAGUGCUUAUCCGCCGCAGGAAGUCCUUCUUCCCCACUCAGGAUAAGAUCAAAACCCGCCCCCACCACAAGACGUUCAGCAAGCACGUGAGGAGGACGCGCGCCACCCUCACCCCUGGCACAGUGUGCAUCCUGUUGGCCGGUAGACACGCCGGUAAGCGCGUCAUCCUCGUUGGAGUGCUGCCCAGCGGUCUGCUGCUUGUCACUGGACCUUUUGCGUUCAACUCAUGCCCGCUCAGACGUAUCCCCCAGAGGUACGUGAUCGGCACCAGCACCAAGUUGGACCUCGGCGACUUCAAGCUGCCGGCACACCUCGAUGAUGCUUACUUCAAGAAGAACAAGAAGAGCACCAAGCGCAGCGUCAAGCGCAAGGAGGGUGAAGACAUCUUCGCCACCAAGAAAGAGAAAUACGUUCCAUCUGAGCAACGCAAGGCUGACCAAAAAUUGGUAGACGACGCCAUUAUCAAGGCGAUCGGCAAGCGCACAGACAAGAAGGUCCUGCGAGGGUACCUGAAGUCGGCCUUCGGUCUGCGCUCCAGCCAGUACGCUCACAGGCUGCGAUUCUAGAUAAGCUAACCAAUAAAAAAUCUGACAAA